CUCCGCUCCCUCCCGGCUGACUGCUGCCACGCUGCGGCGCCUGCUCAGUGCGCCUCCGCCGCCGCUGCUCGGAUCCCGGACCAGGAGCUGCUCCGUCCCCCCGUCUGCUGCAUCCUGUGUGCGUGUGUGUGCGUGUGUGUAUGUGUGUGCGCGCGCUGUCUGAUGGUUAACCUAUGGAUUGACGGAGGGAGGCUUUUGUUGUCAGCCCGGUGGUUUGUUCUGCUGGAGCGGCACUUUCACCGGAGCAUGCCCAGAGGAGCCGGAGCCGCGCUCCUGCACGGAUAGCGCAGAGGUCCAGCCGACAGACACGAUAUUGACAUGAAGAAAGACAUUGAGACUAUAAUAGCAGAGGAACGUGCUGAUAUCAUCUUGAAAUAUGCUACGGGCAGGCAGGGCGGGGUGGAGAUCGAUCCCUGGGAAGAUGCCGACUACAGUAUCUACAAAGUCAUCGACCGCUUCGGCUUCAUGCACGAGGAUGAGCUGCCGGCCCCGACUGCACACGAGGAAAAGAGGAAGCAGCUGGAGAUCGAGCGAGCAGAGAAGUGGCUGAAGAUGGUGAAGAAGUGGGAUAAAUACAAGAACAGCGACAGAAUGGUGAAACGGGUCUACAAGGGCAUUCCCCUGCAGCUGAAAGGCCGCGCCUGGGCCCUGAUGCUGGACGUGGAGAAGUCCAAGAAGGAGAACGAGGGAAAAUAUGAGAAAAUGAAGGAGCAGGCCCGGCGGUACUCGUCUGAGAUCAAACAGAUCGACCUGGACAUCAACAGAACCUUCAGGAACCACAUCAUGUUCAUGGAUCGCUUCGGAGUCAAGCAGCAGUCUCUGUUCCACGUCCUCUCUGCAUAUUCAGUCUACAACACAGAGGUGAGCUACUGCCAGGGGAUGAGUCAGAUCGCCGCCCUGCUGCUGAUGUACAUGAACGAGGAAGACGCCUUCUGGGCGCUGUCACAGCUGCUGACCAAUCAGAAACACAGCAUGCACGGAUUUUUUGUUCCCGGGUUCCCCAAACUUCAGCGAUUCCAGGCACAUCAUGAUCAGAUUAUCUCCAAACUCAUCCCCAAACUGAAGAAACAUCUGGACAGAGAGCAGAUGUCUGCAGGGAUCUACAGCACCAAGUGGUUCCUCCAGUGUUUCAUUGACAGGACGCCGUUCACGCUGACCCUUCGCCUGUGGGACAUUUUCAUCCUGGAGGGAGACCGGCUCCUCACCGCCAUGUCGUACACCAUCCUGAAGAUACACAAGAAGCGUCUGUUGAAGAUGUCUCUGGAGGAGCUCAGAGAGUUCCUGCAGGAGCGGAUCUCGCAGACGUUCUUCUACAGCGACGACGUGAUCAUCGAGCAGCUUCAGGCCUCCAUGACGGAGCUGAGGAAGAUGAAGCUGGACCUUCCUCCUCCAGGGAAGCCUGAGGAGUUGCCUCGGAAGCCUCUGGGUCAGGAGCUGCCGUUGAGUCCCAGCAGAGGGAAGCCGUCCUCGGCCAGCGGGUUCCCCAGAGCAGGCCUGAGCCUCCACAUCAUCUCCCACCAGCCUGACUCCAUAUCCCCGGACCAGAGCCCCUCUAAGGACCCCCGGGAUCUGGACACUGUGGAUGAUGAAGAGGCCCCGCUGCCUUCCCCAGACCCCAUCAUCAUCCACAGCCAGGCGCCGCUCACACCUGACGGCUCCCCGCUGAUGGGGCCUCCACCUUACCAGCCCCCAGCAGGGGAGGCAGCAGAUCGCUCCUCACCACCAGAUGACGGGACAGAGAUGGAGGACGCGGAUCUGGUCUCCACAGACGACUCCUUCGUGACCACUCGCUCAGCUGUCAUCACCGACCAGUCCCCCUGUAAGGUCCCGCGGACUGUCUCGGCACCCGUAGCCCAGGCGACCUCACCGGUCUCGGGCCUUGCUCAGUCUGAGAGUCUGUCUGCGGCUGAGAGGGCAGAGGACCGGUACCUGGUCCAGCUGCUGGAGCAGGCCUCAGCUCUGACCACCAGCAGGAACCAGAACCAGGACUUGAGUGAAGCCUCAGAGGAAACACAGGCUACAGACACUUCAUGAAAUGAUUCUGUGGCCUCUUCAUCUGUGACCGGAUGACGUGACAGUAUAAUUUAUCAGUCAGAUUAUCAGUGUGAAGCAAUAAUUGCUUUAAACGUUUCAGGACGCAGUGUUCAUUUUGUUAACUUAAAAAGUUUAGUUAAAGUUCCUCCUUUAGAUUUUUAAACACGUUUUCAUGUGAGGCAGAUGGUCCUGAACAACCUGAACAGCAGCUUCUGGAUCUAAUGACCCAAACCGCAGACUUACAUUUGGCUGUUUUUGUUUUUAACCCACUUCUCACGAAUCCCCCAAAUGUAUAGAAGUGAAAUGCAAAAUAAUAAAUGUGGGUUUAAUUUGCAGAGAAUUUACAAAUGUGGAUGAAAGCAGGAUGAGAGCAGAGGAAGGCUUCCCCGACACCACCACGUCUGCCGCUCAGUCACUCUCUGCCCUCACAGCUCGUGCACGAGGCAUGUUGUUUGCAUUUUGAUAAAUUGUGCUUGUUUCCCAUAUUUUGAGGGAACCUGCGUGAGACACGGCGUGCAGGGCUCGACAUCACAGCCACACUGUGUCCUGUUUGGCCUAAACAGUCUGAGAUACCUGAGAAAUCGAUUUAAUGGACAUCCGAGGCAUCACCCUUUACAAUAAAAUCAACCUUGUUUUGUAGUUUUGUAACGUUUCGUCGAACAGAGAACGACAUGUUGCUCCGUCAGCCUUUGUAAAAUGUUUGCUAGCAGAGUUACAGUUUUAUUUUUUGUACCAAUGUCUCGAUGCCUUAUUUGGAUCAGCUCCAGUUCUUCUGUGGACGUAACCCUAACACAGGAAGUGAGGUCGUUUGACAACAUCUGGACAAAAAGACAGAACCUGCAGGUGUUGGACUGAACUCCAAACCUCUGACGUGGUGAGCUGGCUCACUGGUAUGAUUGUACACAUUGAAACCUAUUGAGCUCAUUUUACUUAUGUGGUUUUUCUAGCUCAGUAAUUUAUUGUUUUAUCGUCUUUGAGAGCAUCCGGGUCACCUAACAGCCGCUCUGUGCUCGUUUCUCCUCAACAACUGGAAUAUUUGCUGCGUUUCCGUCGAGCUCCUCGAGCGGUUUUGUUUUGCAGUCUUGCAGACGACGAUCUGGAUUUAGAAGUGUCAGAUUUUGUUAACGUCGUGUGUAGAAAUGUACAGUACUGUAGAGCCUGUAGGUAGGAAGAGUUAGAACAUUUCUUCAGCCCUGUGCUUAGAAAUAGUGAAAGGCUGACAUCUUGUGGUCGCUUUAGGAGCCGGAACAUGACAGAAACAUCAGGUGGGUCUUGUUCUCUGAUGCCAUCCAUCUGAAAGGUGUGAAUAUGUUCCGGCUUUUACAACUCUGGCGGAUCUGAACAUGUUUUGAUUUGUGUGUAGCCGUAGUCCAAUCAACUUGCAGGUAGUUUCCUCCAGAAGCUUUAAUGAGACGAAGCAGUCGUAGUGUGAUGAUGUUCAGCUCUUCAGGUCUGGAGCGUGUUGCAUUCUCGGCUACAGAUUCGUUGUAUAUUGAAAUAAAGCACUUUUUUGUUUGGAGUUUGCAGAAAGUGACGAAACCCUGAAGCUGAAACAAUACAACUUUAAUCUUC